AUGCAUUUCAUACAAUGGCUUUCCUUGACUUUGAGCAUCUGCAUCUCUCAACUCAACGCACAAGAAGCACAAAAACAUCUCAGCAGCAAUCCAAGUCAAGGAAUUUCCCCUCACAAGUCAACACCCGACACCAACCCCAAGAACUUCGCCGCCAUCCUCCCCUCCCCCCUGGCCCAACUACAAGUCACCUCAGUCCCCUACCCAACAUGCGGCCCCGAAGAAAUAAUCAUCAAAACCCACGUCCUAGCAAUCAACCCCGUCGACUGGAAGAUCCAAUCCCCAAUGGGCCGCAACUUCAACCUCACCUACCCUGCGAUCCUCGGCGAAGACGUAGCCGGCAUCGUCGUCCAAGUCGGCUCCAAAAUUAAAUCCAAAUCCAAAUUCUCAGUAGGUGACCGCGUAAUGGCUCAACCUCUCGGUCUAGGAAAUGGCCCUGCAUACGGCGGUUUCCAGCUCUAUCCCGUGCUGAAAGCUGCCACGGUUUCGAAGAUCCCAAACUGGCUCAGUUUUCAGGAGGCGGCUGUCUUGCCGCUGAGUAUCUCGACUGCUGCAGCUGGUUUGUUCAUGAAAUCUACCCUGGGUCUGGAAUUCCCCUCUAUUGAUUCCGAUUCCAAUUCCAGAAAGCGUUCAUCUUCUUCUUCUUCUUCUUUCCAGCGAGCAAAGAACUCAACAUUACUAGUCUGGGGAUGCUCCUCCUCAGUAGGCAGUUCAGUCGUACAACUCGCCCACGCAGCAGGCUACUCCCUCAUCACGACAGCCUCGCGUUCCAACUUCGCAUACUGCGAAUCCCUGGGCGCCGACCACGUCCUAGACUACCACAACGACAAUAUCGUGGAGCAGAUAAUCUCACUCCUGAAAGACAAGAACGUCGUAGGAGCCUACGACGCAAUCGGUUCCGAAACCACAGUCCACCAAUCCGCAGCCAUCCUCCACGCGCUCGGAGGUGGCAAAAUUGUCAGUGUGGGUCUUGCUCCAGACCUGUUUUCUGAUGUGGAGGUUUACCGAGUUUCGUCGGGGAAUAUUGUCACGCAGGAGCCACUUGUUGCGGAGAGGAUCUGGGGGGAAUAUGUCCCGUGGGCGCUGGAAUCUGGAAAGUUGGUUGCUAGACCGGAGGCACUGGUGGUUGGAAAGGGCUUAGAGAGUGUGCAGGCUGGGUUGGAUAGACAAAAGGAGGGUGUCAGUGCGUUGAAGGUUGAGGUUGUGCUUGAGUGA